AGGCUGACAACUCUAAGUCUAAAUAUUGCUGUUACAUUGCACAACCUUCAAUGUUAUGUCAUAAUUAUGUAAAAUUCUGGCAUAUUCGCAACGAGCCAGGUGGCCCAAACUGUUGCAUAUACCCUUACUCUGCGUGCAAUGAACGCAAGAGAAGUAACACAAUUUCCCUAGUUAAUAUUACCUGCUAACAUUAAUUUAUUUUAACUAAAUAUGCAGGUUUAAAAAUAUAUACUUCUCAGUAUUGAUUUUAAGAAAGGCAUUGAUGUUUAUGGUUAGGUACAUUCGUGCAACGAUUGUGCUUUUUUCAUGAAUGCACUUUUGUUAAAUCAUCACCCGUUUGGCGAAGUAGGCUGUGAUUCGAUGAUAAAUUAAUAGGCACCGCAUUGAUUAUAUGCAACGCAGGACAAGCUAGUUAACCUAGUAAUAUCAUCAACCAUGUGUAGUUAACUGGUGAUUAUUUUAAGAUUGAUUGUUUUUUAUAAGAUAAGUUUAAUGCUAGCUAGCAACUUACCUUGGCUCCUUGCUGCACUCGCGUAACAGGGGUCCAGCCUGCCACGCAGUUUCCUCAUGGAAUGCAAGGUAAUCGGGCAUCCAAAAAUUCCGAUUACCGAUUGUUAUGAAAACUUGAAAUCGGCCAUGCGAUUAAUCGGUCUACCUCUAGUGUGUGUGUGUGUGUCAGGGUUUUCUAUUAGUAAAAUGUGGUGCCGGGCUUUUGACCGGCAGCAUUUUAAAUUACCGGACAUUUGUACCGGGCCCAUCUAUGUACCGGGCCCAUCUGCAUUGUAACCUGAUCAGGGUAUAUUCCCACGGUGCUCAGAAUGACAGAAAUCACAUUCAGAUUAUGGUAAUUCAUAUUAACAGAACAUGCAAGUCAAAGAUGCAACAAUGUGUCAUACUUCUUACUGAAUUCUGAUGCGCACUUUGAAGAUUCUAGAAUAACUGUCCACAUUGACUUUUCCUCAGACAACAAGACGAGUAACAAACAGCAAAAUAACUAGCCUGUCAGUCUACUAUCCCUCAUAGUAGAAACGUUCACCUAUUCUAUUAGUCAACUUGUGGAGAAGGAAAUAGCCUGUACCAAACAGACUGGGACAGUUGUGGGAAGAUAGAUCCCACAUUCAUACAACCAGUAGGACUAGUCUACAUCAAAAUAAAACGUUCAUAAAGCAACGAGGCUGAUGCAACAGAUCAGAACGUUUAGCUUGUUGAUAAAGGGCAAUAUGGAAGUCUUUAUAAAAUAACUGCUUCUGCUUUUGUAUGGUGGGAUUUUGACGAGGCUACUUUGAAGCAAGCGGUCCCAACAGUAAGCAGCGAGCACCGCGUCAUGUGAGCACCGCGUCGACCCUAAAGCCUUGACCUCUCACCCCUGACCCCGUGAGGUCACAGAUGGUGACUUCCUCCUCCUUCCUCCAUCCGGGUCUUCAACAACAGUCAGUGAGCAGUGUGUUGUUGGUGUGUGUGUUAUGUUCCGGCUGAACGCUCCAGCGGCACCCUGACCACCUCCUAACACCACCCACCGCCUUGGGCAUGCCUCAGCCGGGCAUGAAUGGGAUGGAGCCUGCGUUUGGCGAGGCGUAUGGGAGCCGUGGCUGUCUCCUCAGCCCCUACCCCCUGGCUGUCUCCCCUCUAGGGGGCAGGACCCAAUAUGACCAGAGCGUGCUCCUGAUGCUGGGCUCUCCAGCGACGCCGCGGAAACGGCCCUUCGAGUUGCUAAGCGACCUGGUGGACGACGGGGGCUUCGGCGAGGAGCUGCACGUGGAGCGCUGGGACGUGUCGGCGCUGGAUGACAUCACGCGGUACACCAAGCUGGGCCUUGGGGGGGAGCUAGCGAGCACCGAGGACGCCGUGCUGAUGGGCCGUUGGAGCGGGACCCGGGAGGAAGAGGAGGAGGAGGAGGAGAGGAGGAAGAGGAAGGCACAGGCCAUAGCUCAGCAGCAGACAUCACAUGUAACCACGAUGAUGGUAACACAUCUCCACGGAAACGGCAUCACGAUGACCCCCGACCCCUGUCUAGGCCACGCCCAGAGAGGCAGGGUGGUCAGAGAGGAGGUGGGACUUGAUGUUACCAUGGCGAUGGAAAGGGUGACAGAAAAAGGAGGACAGGAUGGGGGGAUGAGGGUUCCUACGGUGGAGGUGUACCAGGUGGCAGAGGAGGAGGUUGCCGCAGCUGUGUUGGCAGCGGCGGAAGCCGUUGCCGCAGUGACGGAGACGUCUGGGAUUCUUCCGGGGGUGUCAGUGUUGGAACACAACUACUCUCUGACCCAGGGGGGGGAUAGACCCUCGCCCUCCAGCCCCAGCUCUGAGACAGAGACAGAAGUAGAGGGGCAGGAAGAGGGAGAGAGGGAGGAGGAGGAGGAGGAGAGGGAAGAGCAAGAAGAGGUAUUGGUGGAGGAGGAAGAGGAGGAGGAGGAAGGGGAGGACGGAGCAGGGGAUGAGACUGCGGUGGAAGCAGAACUGUCCAGCUCGUCAGAAACAGAAUUUGAGGUGGAACCAGAGCGGGGGUGUGGUCCAGGGGAACGGCCCCAGAAGAGAAGGUGUUUCUGGGAGUACCGCCACGCUCACGCACGGGACUCUGGGAGACAGAAGAAGACGGGAGGGGAGGUCCGAUGGUCCCUCUCCUGGAGCUCUAGCACCCUACCUAGUACCCUAUACCGCAGAGAGGGAAAGAAGGGAAGGCGUAAAGCGAGGAAGACGGACGCCAGCGACCUGACCCCUAACCCCGUGAAGCUCACAAACAUCGGCGAACAGCUGCAGAAACUCAACGCCACCAUAGAUGGGAUGGGUCCUGUUAACGACCUGCCUGUUGUGGCCAGGGCACGCUCCCGCAAAGAGAAGAACAAACUAGCUUCCAGGGCCUGUCGGUUGAAGAAGAAAGCGCAACACGAAGCCAACAAGAUCAAGCUGUGGGGACUCAACCAGGAGUACGAGAACCUUUUGGGGGCGUUGCUGAGGAUCAAGGAGGUGAUUGGUCAGCGGGUGGAGCGCAGCGGAGAGGAGGUGGACAAAGAUGAACGAGGGAUGACCCAGAGACUGGAGGACAUACUGAAAGAGUCCAGCGGUCCUCUAGUUGCUGGACGGACCAAAGAGUUUGUCCAGAGAAUCCUGGAGGUGAGUGGAGGGGGGCUGACCAAGACUGGGGCCAAGGGCAAAGACACACAGACCCCCUCUGGACCAGGAGAGGAGACAGCUGUCUAAUGUACCCGUCAUCACCCAUAACCCCCCCCUGGACCGGGAGAGGGGACAGCUGCCUAAUGUACCCCCAUCACCCCCACUGGACCAGGAAAGGAGACAGCUGCCUAAUGUACCCCACAUCACCCCUGACCCCCCCCCCCCGGACCAGGAGAGGAGGAGACAACUGCCUAAUGGACUGACCAACACCACCAGCUCUCCUCCGACACCCCUCGGACACAGCCACCCACUCCUACCGUCCCCCACUACACUCUGUCAUCUGGAGAAUAGGUGGAUGGGGAAAGGGAUGGAGGGGGAUGGAGAAAGAGAUGGAGGGGGAUGGAGAAAGGGAUGGGGGGGAUGGAGGGGGAUGGAGAAAGAGAGGGAGGAGCAGAUGGAGGUGGGGGUUACAGGUCAACAGAGACUGAGGUUUGAGUUCAACCCUCCCCUCUGUUUCAGCUCUGUUUCCUUCUGUCUCUUCAGUAGGGCUCUGUAACACACUCUUCUUACCUUCAGCUAAUUACCAACACAGGCUAGCUGCUGACGGUGUGUGUGAGUCAGCUGAUCUGUGGCUGUGUGUGUGUAGUAUGAAUGUGUGGGGUUGGUUUAAUCUUUCCCUUCUUCAGUAAACUGUAUUGGUAUCCCAUUGUGCCUAUAUGAAUAGACAUUGCACUGUUUGUAGAUGAUAGAGAAGUUGGCAGGGGGUUGGCAUGAGGGUAGGGUAGGAAGAGAAGUGGGAGGGACGGGGGGGAGGGUCAUGUUCAGUAGGCCACAACGUUCCUUGGAAGGUUCAGAUAGAAAUGGACUGUAUGGAACAGACGUGCAUCUCUGACAUCUAGAGUAAGGAGUAAUGUCCUCUCUAUUCACAACAUUGCUAUCUGCAACGUUUGGCAGGUUUGGUUACACCCUCCUGGAAUCGACCCUGCUUGUAAAGAUCAGUGGGAUGAGCCUCUUUUGACCAGUGAGCAACGUAAUUGGUGCUUGCCACAGAGGGCAUAAAUGAGCACUUUGAUUCGUAGCUGUAUCCUGUCUAUUCCCCUUUGAGAAACACCUGGGUCCUGUUCAUCAGGCACCAAACGUAACUGGGAAGAUUACCUGGACUUCUCCAAUAAGAAACGCAAAUGUUUGUUUUUUCCAUUGCAAAACAUCUUAAAACGUUUUGUUGGGUGCCCUAAUGAACAUGACCCUGAAAAUGCAAGUUCCUUCUCUCAGAACGACCAGAGAACAGAGGAUGAACUGUGAUAACACCAAACAUCAAAGCAACUGUAGCAGCUAAGACUUGUGGAGCUUUCGUCACAGAGUUAGAAGGAAGAAAAAUUAACUUAAAAAAAAAAAGUAGCUAUUAAAUCCAACCGACCAAAGAUGACACGAACAGCUGACAUUUCAAAGAACUGAAAUGAAAGCUGAAAUGAAAGCUGAAGUGAUCAGCCCUUACCUAACCCUCUCACUCCUACUACUGCCAUUAUCCAAUCAUUGUAUCAUCAAUCUGAAGAUGGCGUUGAAUUGAUUAACAAAAAAAACGUUGAUCGUGUUAAUGAUUACCCUCACACAUCCUUUAUGAAAAGGACGCCUUUUGCUACCUGUAUUAUUGCCUGAAAGGUCGAUUUGAUACGUCAAUCAGACAUUCAUUAAAUCACUGUUAACAUUUAAAUCUGAGAGGAGUGUUGGGUAAGGCUAGCGUAUACAGGACAUGCCCAUAGAGAUGAAUAGAGGGCACACUUCCCAUUAAGUUAGGUGUUCUCUUUUUCCCAUCUCUAUGGAAGUGACAAAGCUCCUAUCGGUCUGCCUUUAGCGCUACAGCAUAACGCUGCCUGGGUGUUUGUGUUCAAUAUAAACAGAAAAGGGAUGCGUCUGUCCUCCACGCCUUCUCCACGCCUUCUGCUUCGUCUGACUCCUAAUGUGAACCUGUAGUGCACCUUCCUUUCUUAAAGGCAACAAGAGUCAACAGCUAUUGUGCUGGAGCGUUUUUGUUACAUUUGUCGUUAAAGUUGUUUGUGUUUUGUUGUUUUGUUUACUCACAAAGCCAUGCUCCCACAAAGUGGGGAUGGUCUUUUAACGACUAGAGAGGGUCUGAGUUCUGUUCUGCCCAUAGAGUUAGAAAGAGGGCCUAUCGGUUUUGUUUCUACAGCCCUCUUUCUAACUCUAUGGUGCUGCCUUUGUUGGCCAAGCCAAAGGUGGUCGGUCUUGUAGCAGAAGUCCGACGUGAUGCAGACCAGAGUACAUUGUGUUUUAAAGGCCCGUGAGUGUCGUUGGUCACGCCAGUCACAAAACCUAUUUGCACUGCGGUGGGUACAACCAAACACCUUCUAAAGAGUCAUGUAUCUGCACCUUUUUUUACACAGGAUUAUUGAUUGACAGCCUAUUUGUUGUAUUUGGUCAUGGUUUUCAACAACAGAAACUAUUGUUGUCUGGGUCUGUAAAUGGUGAAUAUGGUUUCUGGUUCAGUAUACUAUAGUAUACGGUGCUCUGGUGAAAUGUAACUUCUCACCUGAGCAACAACAUGGCAGAACAUCUUGCCAACGUUAAAAGGGCAAAGGGUGUUAACCUUGAAAGAGCAAUGUUGUGUUAACCUUGAAAGAGCAAUGUUGUGUUAACCUUGCAAUGGUUAACACAACCUUGCAAUGUUGUGUUAACCUUGAAAGAUCAAUGUUGUGUUGAAGUUGAAACUGUGUUAAAGGUCCAAUGCAGCCAUUUUAUCUUAAUAUCAAAUCAUUUCUGGGUGAAAAUGAAGUACCUGACUGUGAUUGUUUCCAGUUAAAAUGGUCAAAAAGAAACAAAACAAAGAUAGCUUCUUAGCAAAGAGCAAUUUCUCAAGCAAGAAUUUGGACAGACUGUCUGGGAGUGGUCUGAGUGGGGAGGGAAACUGACAACUAGCUGUUAUUGGCAGAGAGGGUUGGAACUCUUUCUUAUUGGUCUAUUAAGUAAUUUGCCGUCUGGUGAUGUCACCAGGCAGGCCAAAACUCCAUCCCACCAAAACAGGCUGACAUUUUCAAACAGCACUUACAAUAAAAGUGCAUUAUCAUAAUUUUGACAUAUUAACCAAAUCAAAUGUUAUUUGCCACAUGCACCGAAUACAACAGGUGUAGACCUUACUGUGAAAUACUUUGUUCAGCAGCUUUAUGGCUGGGGGAAGAAGCUGUUAAGGAGCCUUUUGGACCUAGACUUGGCGCUCCGGUACCGCUUGCUGUGCCGUUCAGUGGAAAUAUAUGUAAAACACAGGAAAUCAAAUUUUUGUCUGCACUGGGCCUUUAACGUUGAAAGGGAAAUGUUGUGUUUGAAGUGCCUACUAGAGCUAUGAGCCACAUAACCUACAGUACAGUAUGCCUGAACAAAACAACCUAGUAAUGAGCAUACCUACUGGGCACAGACUGGUUGAAUCAGCGUUGAAUUGACGUCUGUGCCCAGUGGGUAUUUACCUAACGAUGUACACAGUCAAAGCAACCAAACAAGAGAAGAAAUAAAUAAAUUUACGGCAGGACAAUUUCAGAGGUGGGAGUGACAGAUCACCAUGGCGAUGUUAAGCAAUACUGUUCUGUUUUUUCAAAGAGAACCAACCUUGAGAAACCGGGCUGCGUUCCAGAGCCAAUGUUCCAUAAAAACGUUCCAUUCUCACCUAUGGAAAUUCCAUCCUUUAGAACGCCCCACCAGCGUGCUAAAGGGUCAUUUACCUUAAACUAUUUGGCGCUCAGGUGCACCGGCUGCUGCUGCGGUGAUGGUCCUCAAAACUGAGGUGUGAAGAUACUUAGAAACACUGUUUCAAUACUUUAAAAAAAACAUCGUUCUCUUCCUUGACAUUAUCACUAAUAUGAUUUUCAAGGAGGAGAGAAAAGAAGGAAUGAAGCAUUUUUAAAAGUUUAAAACAGAGCAAGAGGACACAGGAUGGUUAUUACCCAGUACAAAACCGAAAAACUCCUUAUCAGGCUUCAAUCUGGAACGUUUUCGUGUAAUUUUGGUAGUCCUGAACGCAGCCCGGAGCACUGUAAGGGAACACGAUGCCAAAGACAGAUGGUGGCUGGAUUAAAAGAAGAUACACUGGAGAGGACGACCAAAUGGACAGUCAGGUCUGACAUUACGUUGAGGCACUGUCCUUUUACUAGGAGACAGACCUCUUCCAAAUCGCCCAAAACAACACAAUGCUCUGAAUGUUUUUUUACGUUACUCAUAAUGUGUAUCAUGAUGAAUCCACAAACACCCGUUGAGAUUUGAGCUCAGAGUGGCUAGUAUGAUAAUCAUCAUCUCUUUUAGGGGUGAAUAGUAACUACCACGUAAGUUACAUUUUCCCAUUGAUUUCAAUACAUGACUAAGUGAAAAUUCGACUCAAAGUUAAGUUAGGACUUAUUGUGUUCCAAAUGUCCAUACUAGCAUACUACUGUACCAUGUAUUAUGGAGCAAUGUAGUGGGCAGAUAGUGUUGUGUACCCAGUGGGCAAAAGCUGGUUGAAAUAAUAAUUACAACUAGUUUAUUAGCAGAACUGGUUGUAAUCUGGUCCUGAUAAAGUCAUUUCUAUCAUGUCUUUCGAGCUGAGUAGUAUUGACAUUGGAAUUCAAGCCUUGGUUGACUGCCUCUCUCUGUGUUGGUAAAAUGGUGGAGAGUGA